AAAACCCUUGCGUCGGAUGGCUGGUCUCUUAAACCUCACUUCAUCACUCAGUCUCAACGCCCAUGACUUCACUCGCCCCUAAAUUCCGCAAUCUUCUCCGCCUUCCUAAUUUUUCCACCGCGGCGUGUCCACACAGGAUAUCGAAGGUUUUCUUCUCGACUGACUCAUUUAACUGGGGAAAUUCCCCUGACAAAGAGGGUGUACAUGCCCCGGAAAUUGAGGAUGAUGAUUUUCUUUCUGAGAGGCCGGAGUUACAGCUCCAGGGCGUUGAUCCCAGGAAAGGCUGGAAUUUUCGCGGCGUGCACCGGGCAAUUAUAUGUGGAAAAGUUGGUCAAGCCCCCAUCCAAAAGAUCUUGAGGAAUGGUAGAACUGUGACCACAUUCACUGUAGGAACUGGAGGUAUGUUUGAUCAGCGGACCAUAGGUUCUCAUGACUUGCCAAAACCAGCUCAGUGGCAUCGUAUUGCAGUUCACAACCCUAUGCUUGCUGCCUAUGCAGUGCAACAAGUUGUGAAAAAUUCUUCUGUUUAUGUUGAGGGUGAUAUUGAAACAAGAGUCUACAAUGACAGCAUCAAUGGAGACAUAAAAAGCAUACCAGAAAUUUGUGUGCGUCGUGAUGGAAGGGUUCGGCUUAUAAAGGCAGGGGAAAGUAUGAGCAGUAUUUCUAUCGAUGAGCUACGUGAAGGAUUAUUUUAGGGAAGUGCGUCAACACAAGUCUCAUCAUGUAGGCGGAAGAAGGAUCUCAAAAUAAUGAGUGAAACUGAUUCCAACAGGUCGAGACAUGUCUUCUAAUAUCUGGCAAUGUAUAUUGUUUCCUUCUUGCAGUUACCUUCACUUCUUUAAGUUUCUAUUGAUAUUUUGUAUUUUUCAUAAAUUUAUAGCUUGUAGCGGAUCGAUUAGGUAUAAUUCAUGUGUGACAAUCAAUGUGGUGAUAAAUUUGAGUUUUGGUGAUUGCUGCCCAA